AUGGAUUUUGUUGAUAGAGCACCCUUAUCACUAGAUAGGGAUAGGGUCACAUGCUUACUUUUAAUUAAUACUCAUCUUAUGAAAAAAUGCAGCAACAUGUAUACCAAUGUCAUUUGUAAUCAAUCAUUAAUGCAACAAAUGUCAAAUGAAAAUAGAGCUAAUAUAACCCAAUCAUAUGCAAAUUAUAUCAAAAGACUACAGUGUAACUUGACUACUUUGAACUACAUAUACGAGAAAUAUCAUGGUCAGCUGCAACAACAAGGUUCGAAAUCUACUUUUCCUGUGGUGUUGUCUGCACCUCCAGAUAUGCCAGAGUUGUUUCCCUUGUAUGCGAAGUUGCAGGAGCUAUAUGCCGAAGCGUUGCAAUUUUUGAGAAUGAAGAUGGAAGAGAUGAGGAAACAACAAAUGUUUCAACAACAGUCAGGAGCGGGAGGAGUACUGGGAGCUAUGGGACAAUUCCAACAGCCACCAUUACCACCUCAACAACAACAACAACAACAACAACAACAACCAAAUGCAGUUCCUCAACAACUGCAAUUGAAUAUACAGCAGCAAGGUCAACCUUUGCGACAACAACUGUUGCAACAGCAAAUAAAACAACAGCAACAACCACAACCACAGUCACGACAACAACAACAGCCUCCACUUUCAGCAUCAAAUAACCAAUUCCAACAACCAUUUGAUGAUAUGUUACUCGCAGAUACAUUCACAAACUCACAAGCUCCUCUGGGCAUGAAUACAAACACCAACGUGAAUAUGAACAUGGGUAUGGGUAUGGGCACGAACAUGAAUCCAAAUACAACCAAUACUACUAACAAUAUGGGAGUUGAUUUUGCCAACCACAAUUUCAGUAAUGAUGGCGGAUUAAGUAAUGGAUCAAAUUUUCAAAUAUCAACAUUAUCACCACAACAAAUUUUACAACAAGCUAAUGAAGCCAAGAGUAAUAAUAGUGGUCUGAAUACACCGCAUCUUAAUCUGAAUGAAUUUGGAAUAUUUUGA